CAACAACCCCAUUCCCUGUUUGUUCUCUCUCACUUCCCUAAUUUUCACAUACCAACAAAUCAGUCUCUCCAUUUCCUCUAUUCUCUAUGCUCAUCAGGUGAGUAAUGAUUAAACCACAGCAAUUCCUCAUACUAUUCCUAUCUAUUCUACCAUCAAUCACCUCCCAGCAACCCAUCACAUGUAACCAGUCAUGCCCCGGCUACCAAACCAAUCCCGUCCAGUACCCAUUCGGCUUCUCCUCCGGCUGUGAAAUCCCGCUAAACUGCACCCCAAACGGUGAGGUUUUCAUCGGCGAAUUCUCGGUCCAACAACUCAACCCGGACAGCUUACUCGUAAGCCUUCCGGCCAAGUGCGGACGCUUAAUCAACACCCUCACAAACCUCUACAGUGACCACUACGCGCCCAUGUCAUCAAACGCUAUCCUCAUGGAAAACUGUACGGCGCAGAUGAAAAACUGCAUGAUUCCCAUGACGACGUUACGUACCCAUCUCGAGAUAGUUAACUGCAGUGGCGCACAAGGUGGUGAUGGCAACGUGAGCUGUUAUUCUAGUGAUGUUACUCGUAUGUUUCUUGAUUAUGGAAAUGUUACGAGCAUGGGGUGCCGGUUUUUGUUCUCUGGGGUUGCGACCGAGAUGAUUGGGAAUAGUCCGGCGAUAUCGUUGGAUAUUCAAGUGGUUAGAUUGGGGUGGUGGCGUAGGGGUGGUUGUGAUUGUUCGGUUGAUGCGGAGUGUACGAAGAUUGUGUCGCCGGUUGAUGGAAGCGAUGGGCAUCGGUGUAGUUGUAAGAGUGGGUUUGCUGGUGAUGGGUAUAAGGCUGGCUCCGGUUGCCGGAGCAUGAAAGCAGGCUCAUCUGGUUGCAAUCCUUCAAAAUAUUUCUCUGGUCAUUGUGGAGGGACUGGUAGAAUUGGAGUUCUAGUCGGAGCUGUUUUUGUUGGGGCUUCAUUGAUUGUUUGCAUAGGCUUGAUUAUAUGCUACAUUCGUCGUCGGAGCAUUUUAAGAUCUCGAAGUAGAGUAAGCAGACAGUUUUACCAAGCUAAAGGCAUCACAAUUCCAAUUUACACUUACAAAGAGAUCGAAAAGGCCACAAAUUGCUUCUCUGAAAAACAAAGACUAGGAACCGGGGCAUAUGGCACCGUUUAUUCGGGCAAACUCCACAAUGGUGAAUGGGUAGCAAUUAAAAGGAUCAAACAUCGGUCCGAUUGUGACGACAGCAUUGAUCAAGUCAUGAACGAGAUCAGACUUCUUUCAUCGGUAAGCCAUCCAAACCUUGUGCGGUUAUUAGGUUGUUCGGUUGAUAAAGAUGAGCAAAUCCUCGUUUACGAGUUCAUGCCAAAUGGGACUUUGUGCCAACAUUUACAAAAAGAGAGAGGCAACGGGCUUCCUUGGCUCGUUCGCCUUACAAUCGCUACUGAAACCGCUCAAGCAAUUGCUUAUCUACACUCAAAUCUAGAUCCUCCAAUAUACCAUAGAGAUGUGAAAUCUAGCAACAUAUUGUUAGAUUAUAGUUAUACAACCAAAGUAGCAGAUUUUGGCCUUUCUAGACUAGGAAUAAUGGAGUCAUCACAUAUUUCAACUGCUCCACAAGGCACACCAGGAUACUUAGACCCCGAAUAUCAUCAAAACUUUCAUUUAUCUGAUAAGAGUGACGUUUAUAGCUUUGGAGUUGUGUUAGUUGAGAUUAUAACGGCUUUUAAGGCCUUAGAUUUUUCUCGACGACAUAAUGAGGUUAAUCUAGCAGCACUCGCUGUUGAUCGAAUCAAAAGAGGAUGUCUUGAUGAAAUAAUCGACCCGUCCCUUGAGCAUAAUAAAGACACGUGGACUUAUUCGUCGAUCCAUAAGGUUGCUGAGCUGGCAUUCAGAUGUCUUGCAUUUCAUAGUGAGAUGAGACCUUCUAUGGCUGAGGUGGCAGCCGAGUUAGAGCGAAUACGGGUUUCUAGAGAAGAAAAUACUAGUUUAUCAUUGGACGGAACUAAUCAUUCAUCGGUAUCUAUUGUCAAUGAGAAACAGAUAAGUCAAGAGGUCAAGAUUGAUGAAUCUGAUAAGAAAGGUUUGCUUAAUAACAUGAACUCGACCGAUGAGCAAAAUGUAUCACCAAAUUAUGCAGAUGAUCGAUGGCUAAGCGAGUCGAGCUCCCCCUUAUCCAGCGGUAGACUUGGUUCUGGUUCAAAAGUGUAAAAUAAGAUAAUACUCAUCGUUUUAGUUUCAUUGUGUAACUUUUAUGGUAUAAAAGUACAGCUUGAUUGUUUUCUGACUUUGAAUGUAUAUUUUUGAGCUUGAGAAUGAUCGACUUUUAUUUGUAUAUA